GGCAGGCGCGGAGCUGCCCUUCCAUAGGAGCCGCCAUUAGCGCUGGGACCCGCUGACAGGGUCUCGGCGGCGGCGGCCGGCGCGGCGCGGCGCGGGGAGCGGAGGCAGCCGGGGUGGGGUCCCCGUUUGAUGGAUCCCCGGAUCGCCUGGUUCCAGCCAGAGCAGCUCGGCCCCUCGAACCGCCUGUGGAUGCAGAUCUGGGAGACCACGCAGGGGGUCCGCAACCUCUACUUCCAGCAGCAGCAGCAGCAGGAGCAGCAGCAGCAGCAGCAGAGCGCCCCCGCCGGGGCCGGCCCGGCCUCCCCGCCCGGCAUGUACCGCGCCCCCCGCGCCGACCCCCAGCCCGACUUCCUGCCGCUCGAGAGCGCCAACAACCAGCACAACCGCAGCCUCCGCCAGGCCUCGCCGCCCCCGGGGGCCGCCGCCGCCUGGGCCCGGCCCGCCCGGGGGGUGCCGCCCGCCGCCGCCGCGGCCGCCGCCGCGGCCGCCGCCGCCAGCAACAAGAGGAAGCGCGACAACAAGGCCAGCACCUUCGGCCUCAACUACAGCCUGCUGCUGGGGCCCCCCGGGCAGGGCCGGGCCCCCGCCCUGGGCGACGGGCCGGCAGGCAGGGCCCAGGCCGGCCUGGCCGAGCCGCCCUACACCGGCACCCCCUGGAAGAAGCGGAACUACAGCCAGGGAGUCGUGGGUCUCCAUGAAGAAAUCAUUGACUUUUAUAAGUAUAUGUCUCCCAGACAUGAAGAAGAGAGAAUGCGGAUGGAAGUGGUGAACAGGAUAGAAAACGUUAUAAAGGAGCUCUGGCCUAAUGCAGAUGUGCAGAUAUUUGGAAGUUUUAAAACUGGUUUAUAUUUACCUACGAGUGAUAUUGAUUUAGUUGUGUUUGGAAAAUGGGAGACAUUACCUCUUUGGACGCUGGAAGAAGCUCUUAGAAAGCACAAUGUAGCAGAUGAAAACUCAGUAAAGGUUUUAGAUAAAGCAACUGUACCUAUUAUUAAACUGACAGAUUCCUUCACUGAAGUAAAAGUUGAUAUCAGCUUUAAUGUACAGAAUGGGGUUAAAGCAGCCCAGCUCAUCAAAGAUUUUAUCAAGAAAUACCCUGUAUUACCCUACCUAGUUUUAGUAUUGAAACAGUUCCUGUUGCAGAGGGAUCUUAAUGAAGUAUUCACGGGUGGAAUUGGUUCUUACAGUCUUUUUUUAAUGGCUGUCAGUUUCCUUCAGCUGCAUCCAAGAGAAGAUGCCUGCAUGCCCAGUGCCAACUAUGGUGUUCUUUUAAUAGAGUUCUUUGAGUUAUAUGGACGUCACUUCAAUUAUCUGAAGACUGGAAUCCGAAUAAAGGAUGGUGGCUCUUACGUUGCCAAGGAUGAAGUGCAAAAAAGUAUGCUGGAUGGCUAUAGACCAUCAAUGCUGUAUAUUGAAGAUCCGUUACAGCCAGGUAAUGAUGUUGGGAGGAGUUCAUAUGGUGCCAUGCAAGUGAAACAGGCCUUUGAUUAUGCCUAUGUUGUUUUGAGCCAUGCAGUUUCCCCAAUAGCUAAAUAUUAUCCCAACAACGAAACCGAAAGUAUAUUAGGUAGAAUAAUUAGAGUAACACAAGAAGUGGCCACGUACAGAGACUGGAUAUCAAAACAGUGGGGAAUGCAAAGUAGGACUGAGUCUUCAUGUAAUGGUAAUGGAGUAACUUUGAUAGUAGAUAAUCAGCAGCUGGACAAAUGCAACAAUAAUCUUGCUGAAGAAAAUGAAGCACUGGGAAAACCUAGAAAUAAAACUUCAGAAACACUUAGUAAACAUUCUUCAAAUUCUUCAUCGGGUCCUUUAUCAUCGUCAUCAUCUACACUGUCCAGUUCUAGUGAUGUAGAUUCUGAUGGAACACCUUGCAAAACCUCUAAACAAUUGAGUUGUCGUCAGUCUACGACAAACAGAGUGGGGUCACAAGAAGUGUCACUGGAAUCCUCCCAGUCAAGUGGGAAAACACAAAAUAGCCAAACAGCCAAUACAUCCAGCAACACGAACAAAUCUCAGCAUGGAUCUGCACGGUUAUUUCGCUCUUCUAACAAAGGCUUCCAAGGUCCAGCAAACUCAAGCCACGGUACCUCAGUCACAAACAAACAACAUCAAGGCAGCAAAUCACACCAUCAGUACUUCCAUGGCAAAAAGAGGAAACACAAGAGGGAUGCAACCCUUUCAGACCUUUGUAGAUAGUUGCCUAUUUUAUGACUGUUCUUCUGUGUGCAAUGAUCUCAUGCUACAGGAUAGUUUGAUAGUGACUCCUUGGAUCUCUUCCGGAGCUUCAGACUGUUCAGACAUUGAUUAGCAACUGCAUUUUUUUUUCCCAGCUCGCCACGGAACGGAUCAUGAAGAUUGAUCACUGAAAAAAAAAAAAAAAGAAAAAAAAAGAAAAAAAGGAAAAAAAAGAAAAAAAUAAUAAUAAAAAAGAAAAAAAUAAAAAAAAUAAGGAAAAAGGCUGCUCAUUUGAUAAGUCAUAUGCUACAACAGGGUCAUUUAGGAUAUAAAAGCUUGAAUGUAAAAUAAAUGUAUUUCCCAUCAGCUCAUGCUGACCUGUAGGGGUAGUACUCAGUGUGUCUAGGGGUGGUAACAAACAAAAAAUAGGAAAAAAGGCAAAAAAUUGUAUUUUGAGGGAAACCCAGCCUUUAAAGGUGAAAGUAAUUUGUGCAUGAUUUUUUUUAUUAUUUUUGCAUAUACUUACCAUUUUAUUGUGUAUAUAUAGAUGACCAUAUAGGAAAACUGACAUUUGUAAUAGUGGAUUUGUUAAUACUUUUUACAUAACAUUACUGUUUAAAUUGUAAACAUAAAUUUUUCUCAGGAUUAGUUUGGAAAAUAAUUUGAAUUGUCAUCUUAACAUCCAUAUAAAGAGACAUUACUAGUUAUAUUGCUCAGAAUUUCUUUUCUUGGCAUUUCAAAGAUUUAAUAGAACAUUUGAUCUGCAAAAGCUGUUCCUCUGAAAGAAAGGUUUAUAGUGGCAAAUGAAAUUUUUUCAUUUGUGUAAAGUGUAGAUGUACUUCGUGUAGACACUGAGCUUGUCAUCUCGGAGAAGUAACCUUCACCUUGUUUUCUAGAGUGCCAUCAUUUCAGGCAAUGGGGUUUUAUAGUUGCACCUUCUUUCUCUUCCUUGCCUUAGUGGUCCCCCCCUCUUUUUUUUUCUGUUUUUCCUUUUUUCUUUUUUUGUUUCCACUUUGGGGGGUUGUUUGGUUGGUGUUGAUGAUUCUUUUUCUCCCCCCUCCUCCUCCCCAGUUUAAAAAACAAAACCAAAACAACUCAGUUUGUUACAGACGUUUGCAUUCCUGGGCUGCUUAAAUCCCAUGCCUCUUUGUUUGUGCCUUCCCUCCCAUUUCCAGGUCUGUUUUUUUCUUUUAUAUUUAUGCUAAUUCCUGUAGGAGAUGAUAACUGUUGAAGCUUUAAGUAAAUUUUACAAUUAAAGUAUUUUUUCUCACUCCCCUCUAAGGCAUUUUUAUAUUUACACUUAAUAAUUAAAAACAAAACAAACAAAAAACCUUCAAAUAAUGAAAUAUAUUUUAUAUUGCCUUAAAGACCCAAAUCUUUCAUAUCUCAUAGUAUUUCUUUGUUGAUCUAGUUAUCACUUCAUUUAAACUCCGCAUUUGUCUGGUUCAGUCACAUUUUAAGCCUAGGCUGCAGUAAGCUUGAUGCCAUGAAUGCGAAUCAAAUGUGUAACUACAGGCAUAGUUUGGAAAAGGGGUUGGGACACUUCAAUGGUAAAAUGUUAAGUGGCAUUUACUUUCACACAUUUCUUUAAAGAGGAAAGUCUGUACUUAGCAUACGUGGCUGUAUUUAAUGCAGCUGUUCUGGAGAUGAUGCUUUUAUAAAAAGUACUAUUAGCUAUUAAAAACUUCUUUUUAUAUACAUUUGCAGAAUUCUACAGACCAACCUGACCUUUACUGGGCACUAAUGAGUGCAAUGAUUUUAAAAGUAAAAUAAUGCUGAAAGACCAGAACUGGUGUCAUCACUUAAAUUAAUAAACAUUUUCAAUGUGUUAAAGUGUUUUACUUCAAAAAGGAAAAAAUAUAUAUAUAUUCCAAAAAUGUUGAAAGUCAUAACAGUUGCUCAAACACUAAGCUUAAGUGAUGUUAAUUUGACAAUAUUUUUUAAAAUUUUUAGAUUCAUAUUUUAAUUUGAGAUAAUUUUAUCAACACGAUGUUGAGCUUUUGUUCAUAGAAACUAGUAAAAGUUAUACCACAUUAUGCAUAAUCACAGUAUUUAUUUUGUUUUAGAUUAUUGUGAAUGUGUAGACUUAAGUUCACCGCUUAGGGAACAAUUAUUUAUAAAUUAUAUUAAUCCAGUAUUGUUAGCUGCUAUUAGCAAAACUGUUCCAAAACUUAAUACUUGCAAAGAUCUGUAUCGCAUUUACCACACUGAAGUGUUUUUAAAAGAAUCACCCUCAUUGUUGAAAGCAAAUGUACUCUUAGGGUGCAGAUAUUAGUGUUCCAAUAAGCAUGUGAUAAUUUUAAGGUGGUGGUAGCGGGAAGAUAAUCUUGAUUCCAUUGGGAAUCUUAGGUUUGCCUCAAUUUAUGGUUUUCAUAAAUUUAAUGGAAAAUAGCUUUUCCUGGACUGCUCAAGUUUCUUUUUGGUAAACAGUAUCUUUCUAAAAGAAGAAAAAAAAAAAAGCAUGAAGGAAGAAUUGAGGUAUUUUACAUUGCCUCAAAUGACCAGCAUUGUAUUCAUAAAAUACUGUAUAUCUUGCAAAUCUUUAUUUAAACAGAACAGUUGAACUGUUCAUUUUUCAAUCUGAAGUAAAAUACUUUCAAGACCUUUUAGUUUGCCUGCUCAUUUGUCUUGUACAUUUCAUCUCUGUAUUUGACUCAAGUCUAAUUCCUUUUUGAGUUUCAAUACUUUUGUGAAGAUUUUGUGAAUAUAUGAAAAAUAAAUGUUUAAUCUAA